UCGCACUCACUGUUUUGAAAUCCGCAGCCCGCGUGUCUCGAGAUCCUUUCCAGGCUGAGGCCCGUCGCGCCCUAAUUUCUGGGGAACCCCCCCCCGAUCCCUGCCGUUCCGCACCGGGGGGUGUCGGGGCCGCGGGCGCGCCAUGUCCACCCCUCCGUUGGCGGCGUCCGGCAUGGCGCCGGGGCCCUUCGCCGGGCCUCAGGCUCAGCAGGCCGCCCGGGAGGUCAACACGGCGUCGCUGUGUCGCAUCGGGCAGGAGACGGUCCAGGACAUCGUGUACCGCACCAUGGAGAUCUUCCAGCUGCUGAGGAACAUGCAGCUGCCAAAUGGUGUCACUUACCAUACUGGAACGUAUCAGGACCGGUUAACAAAGCUCCAGGAUCACCUUCGCCAGCUCUCUAUUCUGUUCAGGAAGCUGAGGUUGGUCUAUGACAAGUGUAAUGAAAACUGUGGAGGAAUGGACCCCAUUCCAGUAGAGAAACUCAAGCAGAAGAAUCAACAGCUGAAGCAAAUUAUGGAUCAAUUACGAAAUCUCAUCUGGGAUAUAAAUGCCAUGUUGGCAAUGAGAAACUAGACUGGUAUUUAAAUUCCCAGCUCUGCACAUGCUAUAUCACUGGGUUUUGUUUGUUUUGUUUUUUGCCCCACUAAUUGCUAUUGUUUUUUUCUCCCUUAGAAAGGACUAUUUAAUUGCUCUUACUUUAAUUGCUUGAACUGAAGUUUCUAUUUUUACAUUGUAGUUUUACAUUAAAGUAUCCAACUUUUUAAAAAUCUGUUGAUUCUACAAAAGAUCAUUGUAAUAAAAUUUGAUAGAGUUUGUGUUUUGGUUAAUUUCAUUAAUUGAAUAAAGCAAAGUUUUGUAAAUAA